UAAACAUCGAAAACUUGGAUAUUUUUCUACAUAACUGUGAUUUUUGAAUGACAUACAUGGAUAAUAAAAUGUCGUCUGCUGAAGUAUCACCCGUGAGACCGGAUACAUCAUCAUCUUAUCUCAGAAAGAUCAAGAAACCAUUGAUAGAACGAAAGAGACGAGAGAGAAUCAACAAUUGUUUGACUCAGCUGAAAUCCAUCCUGCUUGAUAACAUUAAACAGAAUGGCGGCACACAGGUCUCCAAACUCGACAAAGCGGACAUCCUGGAGAUGACUGUCAGUCACCUUCGUCAGAUCCACCACCAGCAGCUCAGCGCCGCCAUGGCCGCAUCCACCGCUGUCGUACACAAGUACCGUGAGGGAUACACAGAGUGCGCCGCGGAGGCCGUCCGCUACAUGGAGUCGUCGCGUGCGUACCCGUCGGAUAUGGUUAUGCGCAUGCGUAGUAACCUCACAACGAAGGUCGCCUACUCAGUGGCACCAUAUGGACAUGGUCUUGGGCAGCCUCGGUUGGCUAUUUCCAGCAAACAGUCGGAUUUAUCUGUGUCCCGUCAGCGCUCGAGUGAAAGUGAAUGUCACAAAACACCCGUCAAAGUCAAGGUCGAAAGUAUGACGAGCCCGUGUAAUGUAACUUGCUCACCGGACAGUGGUUUUGAGAGCGCAUUUUCGCCGCUUCUUAUGACCGUGCCUUUCCAUAACGUGAAAACGGAAAUGGACAAAUCUCGGGUAUCGCCAAAAGACACUUGUACUUCGACCGUACGUAUGUCGCCAAGUACAUCCGAGGGCAAAACUUCCCAGAGUUCCGUGCUCGCACUUCCACCACGUGUUGCAGUUCCGGUUAGCGUCGUCGGAGAUUCCCCUUCACAAAAACAAGUCUGGAGACCGUUUUAAAUAUGAUCGUUUUGUUUUACUACGAACAUUUUGUAAAAUAUGUUGUUUCAUGCCUUGAAAAUGUCAUUGUGCAUUUUUAUUUUUAUGUGCAUACUUCGUCUCAAAACAUGUUUUAUAUGCAAAUCUGUGAUAUUGUGAUUAUUGUUGUG